UCUAAAGAACACGCACACAUAUAACGAGAAAAAGGUAUCCCAAGAGCCCGAAGAGGUACACCUAAAAAUCCCUGCAGCACCGUAUGCGUGCCCAAAAACUGAACUGCACGUCCGUCCCACCGUUCGACUACAAUAGCAUCACCCCCUCCCUGUCCCACUCUAUUAUACCAAAACGGAAGAUUGCCGACUACUGCUCUCAAGGUGUGCCGAAGUUGGGUGCAUACAUACACCUCGAAAUCAUCUGCAAUUUUUGCGGAGGAGAGGGUGGGCACUGUACGCGUCGCGCCCCCUUGGCGGCUGCCAGGCCACGCACGUGCAGCGGGCCACGAGUUGCCUGCCGUGCAGGGGGAUCAUGUCCCUUUUCAAUCCCUUAUCCCAUGGGUUGUUGAAAGAUCUUGGCAAACUUGCAGAGUUGAAAGGACGGGGUCUAAUUCUUGACCGUCACUUCGAGACGAUUAAAACAAGUGUGAAGGCGGGAAACUCCAUUGCGAAGGAGCGGUGGGACGCCAUCGAGAGCGCGUGGGGGUCGAAGCAGAACGGUAUCUUCGAUGAAGGAGAGUGGAUCGCGCAGAUUGAUUGUGAAAUCCAGGGCAUUACCAGCAGCACCCGCCUGUCCUUGUCAUCCCAACAAGAUGCCAGCAGCGCACGAGGUGCUGCUGCACCUUCUCAGCACCCACCUGCUGCUGCAGCGGGUACCGCGAGGAGGAAGAAGGUGGAUCGAGGGAAGCACGCCAGGGAAAGAGCUGCGAAAGGCACUUUAGGUGGCAAAUCUGCAAUCUGCAACGCGUUCUCGAUUGGCAGCGGACAACCGCACAGCAGUGCAAACAUGUCCAACGGCGUGCGGCUGCGGCGUAUGCUACGGAAGAAUCUCGAAGGGCGUGUCCGGCCGUGGGAAGAAGCCGGGCCUGGGCGUUGUUGGCACGUGAAGGACGAUGAUGCGACGGGGGCGGCUUCGUUUGUCCUCCAGCGGAAGCUCUUUCUCGAUCUAGACUUGGAAAGCGACGGCUUUAUGGACCGCGACACCAAGGAAACUCGUGGAGCUCCCAAGCGCAGGCGAUACACUAUAGGCNAG